AUGAGUUAUGAAAAAGAACAAGAAAGGCUCAUGAAGAUAUGGCAGGAGCUGUUGUCCGAUGAGGAGGAAGAUCCAUUUCCUGAUUUGUCGGAUGAGUAUGUACCAAGUCAUGACGAGUCAUCAAGUGAGGACUCUGAUGAUGACUGUAGUGAUCGAAAACGCCGUCGUUUACUUUUCAAUGAAUCCCAAACACCAACAUCUGAUAGUAAUGCGGAAGUCGCCAGUACUUCAGCCAUUGAUCUCGAAAUGGAAACAAUUGAAGAAGUUAUUCGUAGUUAUGCUGAAGAUUCCAGUGAAGUUGGUCCAUCAAAUAACAGUACCACAGAUCUUGCUUGGUACCAGGUAUCUGGCUCACAUUUGAAAGAUUUUCAUUUUACAAUAUCUGAUCCGGGAAUCAUACCACAAAUAUACGAAUCAUAUUCCAAUAAAAAUCCAAUAAACUUCUACGAGUUAUUUCUGAACGAUGACAUUUUGGAUAUGAUGGUCAUAGAAACCAAUAGGUAUGCUGCUCAAUGCAAGGCACGAGAAUCAGCUCCUAAGGCUAGGAUCCAUCAGUGGCGCGAUGUAGAAAAAGCAGAAAUGAAAAGAUUUAUUGUAUAUGUCGGCCAAGAUAAAACCGAAGGGCAAGCAUCGUCACAGAAUGUUGUACUUACACUCGCUGAGAAUCUCUUGUACGAAGGUCGUACGAUUUAUACCGAUAACUACUACACAAGUGUAUCGUUGGCUCAUGAACUGCUUGAGAAGAAAACACAUUUAGUUGGCACUUUGAGGGCAAAUCGAAAACUUAAUCCUAAAGAAGUUACAGAAAAAAAACUGAAAAAAGGAGAGACUAUUGCUGCCGAAUCCACUUCAGGCGUAGUUGUUCAAAAGUGGAUGGAUAAGAGAGAUGUCCUCACUCUCAGUACUAAACAUACCUCUGAAAUGAUAAAAGUCAAAAGUGGUGACAAGGAAACGGAAAAGCCUGCAUCAGUGAUCGAUUAUAACAAGCAUAAAGCAUUUAUUGAUUUAUCAGACCAAAUGAAAGCUUAUAAUACAUGUCUGAGGAGAGGCAUAAAAUGGUACAGGAAGCUGGCCAUUGAACUGUUGACGGGUACUGCCUUGGUAAAUGCAUACAUUUUACACCAACAAGUAACAAAUCAAAAAAUGAGCGUUACAAAAUUCAAAGAGGUUGUAACAACAGAAUUUCUGAAUGUGGGAAGCCUGUCAAAACCAAACGAAAAUAUCGAAAACAUGCCAUAUAUUCAACAUAUUCUUGAGGAUGUUGGAAGGGCAGGCCGAGGAAGGUGCAGUUUAUGCUAUGAAACACUAGCACGCCAACUUGGGCGCAUUCAUGCACAAGCUAAGACGCAAAAAAACCAAAUUGAAAUGUUCACAAUGUAUGAAACACUACUGUUUGUCAUGUUUUUUUGA